UCUAGUCUUUCCUGUUUUCCCUCGUCAUGGACUCUCCAUCCUCUCCCUACACAUACGAGGUUCCCAACACCGCCAUACCAGGGGUCAGUGGCCCUAUAUACCGGCACCCUCAGUUUGCAGAUAGACUCCUUAGUCGAUUACAAGGGGACGAAGCCUUGGCCACCAGCUUUGACGUUUUCCGCGAUGCCGCUGAGAAGUAUGCCGAUCAGCCCUGCCACGGGACUCGUCCUAGAUUGGAUGAUGGUUCGGUUGGCCCUUAUGAGUGGCAGACGUAUAAAGAGGUUUAUGAUCGAAUACUCAAUUUCGGUAGAGGAUUGGAGCAUCUCAAUCUACUAUCCAAAUCUGGGGAUGGCUCGAUGAGAGUAAUUGGUAUCUACAUGAAGAACAGAUCCGAAUGGAUCAUCGCUGAGCAAGGAGCAUUCACUAGGAGGGCUACGACGGUACCCCUUUAUGAUACCCUCGGCGAGGAUGCUGUCAGCUACGUUAUAAAUCAAACACAAGUUCGCACUGUAGUCUGCAGCUCUACCGAAGUCUCCAGUCUACUUCAAUGCAAAGACACCUGUCCUUCUCUAGAGUGCAUCAUCUGUCUUGACCCUCCUCAAGCCCUAUAUAAAACCUGCGAGGAGGCCCACGUGCAGCUUGUAGACUUCUGCCAUGUCGAAGCCUGUGGAGCUGAAGUCUCAUACGAGCCCUUGGUCGGCGAGGGGUCAGACGUGGGGACAUUUUGCUAUACGAGUGGUACUACAGGUGCUCCCAAGGGGGCCCUUCUUAGUCAAGCUGGGAUGCUAGCCAAUGUGGCGGGCCUCACAGAACUGGUCACGUCGGACAGUCCUUUGCUGAAGUUCGGCGCCGACAAGGAGGAGGAGGCGUACCUCAGCUACCUCCCUCUUGCCCAUGUCAUGGAGCGCCUCGUACAAACCAUGAUGUACCACUUUGGGGCGGCUGUUGGGUUCUCAAGAGGCGACCCUAGGAAAAUCAUGGAGGAUGUGGCGGCGUUGAGGCCGACGCUAUUCGUCUGUGUUCCUCGUAUUCUCAAUCGCCUCUACGAUGGUGUGAUCGGCACUGUUCGUAAGGCUGGUGGGAUGAAGGAGUCUUUAUUCUACCAAGCUGUUGAAGAUAAGAAAGCGGGCCUGCGAAAAGGCCUCCUCAAACACGACCAUUGGGAUGCUAUGAUCUUCGAUGAUAUGAAGAGAAAACUAGGCUUGGAUCGGGCUCGUUUUGUCGCCACUGGUAGUGCUCCUGUCGCCUCCCACGUGCUCACCUUCAUGAGGGUUCUCCUGGGCUGUCCGGUUGUGGAAGGCUAUGGUCAAACGGAGGCAACCUGUGCAGUGAGCUAUGCACAUAUUGACGACUUCACGGUGGGACAUGUUGGGCUUCCUAUUGGCUGCCUUGAAGUCAAACUAAUGGAUGUUGGCUCUAUGGGGUAUCUCUCUACUGACACCAUCCAUGCGUGUAAGGGACGAGGUGAAAUUUGCUAUAGAGGCCCUUCCACAUUUUUGGGGUAUUACAAUAUGCCCGAGAAGACCAGGGAGACCAUCGAUUCGGAUGGUUGGGUCCACAGUGGAGAUAUCGGGAUUUGGCUCACCAGUGGUCAGUUGAAAAUCAUCGACAGGAAAAAGAGUAUAUUCAAACUCAGUCAAGGAGAAUACAUAGCUCCUGAUAAGAUCGAGAACGUCGUCACUCAGUCGCCGUUAGUGGCACAAGCCUUCGUGUAUGGUAACAGUUUCCAGUCGCGACUGGUUGCUGUUGUAGUGCCGGACUUCGAGCGCUUGCUGGAACAUUUCCCGAGCACUGCUGAUGGCAUUGAGAAUACGAAGGCUCUGUGUGAGAGCGACGCCGUUCGAAUUCUAGUCUUAAGAAGCAUCCAAGAGUUCAGCGAUAAAAAUAAACUGCGUGGUUUCGAGAAGGUAAAAGCUGUCCAUCUGAGUCCCGUCCCCUUCACUGCUGAGAAUGGUCUCUUGACUCCGUCAUUCAAGUUGAAGAGAGAUGUGGCUUUGAAGACCUUCCAGAAGGAUAUUGACAUGCUUUAUGAAAACAUCGGGGAUAAGAUGGCUGUUGCUCCCCGUACUGAACAAUAAUCCCGUGAACCACACAGGCCUGUUUCGUUUUACUGUUACUUUCUGUUCCUCUCGGUCUGUGUGCUGAGCCUUUGAUGAGAGAGUAGCUGUUUGUCACCAAUUUUGGCUUCCAUCACAAUAGUCGUGACGCUGGGGAAUCCCAGAAAAGACCACUUCAGCAGGUCUACCGUCAUGAUACCUUUGUUGAUGGUUUCUGUCUAGUAUUGUCUCUUUCUCGUCAUCGUAAAACAACUUUCAUAUCCAUACCUCGUACUUCACGUUUGAAGAGUUGACAGCUGUUUUCUGAUCCGACGUAAUACACUCAGAUGGUAAUAAUGUUUGUCUCCUG